ACCCAGUCAAUCGAUGGCAGCUGAGACCCAUAUAUGAAGCCACCAGCUACGCGUUGAGGUCUCAAUCUCAAACGCCAGCAAUGGAGAGAGCCAGCUGCCACUCCACUCCUCCUGGACCGCACCCAUCUCUCUCUCUCUCUCUCCUUAUCAUCUAAAAUUUGAACCUUUCUCUCUCUAGCGUCAUCCAAUCUCUGUUUCUCUCUCUCUCUCUCAUCCCCCACCAUGAGCCUAUAAAAUCCCAUCACUUCCCCCUACACAGUCACCUCCUGCAACUCACAUCUCUCUCUCUCUCUAGAAAAAAAAGAAAUGGGUGUCUUCAAUUUGUGCUCAAUUCCUACUUUAUUUAUUCUCUUGACUAAAAUACUUAUGAUUUCGGCCAAUUUUUAUAGUGAAGUUGAUCUUGAAUGGGGAAAUGAGCGUGCAAAAAUAGUAGAGAAUGGGGAGAUGUUGCAACUGUCUCUAGAUAGGUCGUCAGGUUCAGGGUUUAAGUCGAAACAAGAGUUUCUGUUUGCUCAAAUCGAGAUGCGUAUUAAAGUAGUGCCUGGAAAUUCAGCUGGCACUGUUACUGCAUACUAUCUCACUUCGUUUGGGUCGACACACGAUGAGAUAGAUUAUGAGUUUUUGGGGAAUUUAAGUGGAGAACCAUACACUUUGCACACCAAUGUGUACACCCAAGGCAAGGGAAACAGGGAGCAACAGUUCCAUCUAUGGUUCGACCCUAGAGCUGGCUUCCAUACCUAUUCCAUUUUAUGGAAUCAGAAACAGAUUCUCUUUACAGUAGAUGGCAUCCCUAUAAGAGUCUUCAAGAAUGCUGAAACUAUUGGGGUUCCCUAUCCAAAAGACCAACCCAUGAGGCUCUACUCUAGCCUUUGGAACGCCGACGAUUGGGCCACGAGGGGUGGCCUAAUCAAGACCGAUUGGUCCCAAGCUCCCUUCACCGCCUCCUAUCGAGAUUUCCGAGCAAGUGGCUGUGUAUGGUUAGGAGGCAAAUCUUCUUGCGGUGCUUCUUCCUCUUCAUCCAAGGAUUGGAGAACUCAAGCCUUAGACCCAAGCAAAGAAGAGAAGCUGAAGUGGGUUCAAAAGAAUUACAUGAUCUAUGACUAUUGCAAGGAUUUGAAGCGUUUCCCCCAAGGUUUUCCCCCUGAGUGCUCCCUCUCUCCUUAGCCAUGGCCACUUCCCUUCAAUAAAGUAUAUGAAUCCAUGUAAAUUUCCUUCAGUUUCUCAUUUUUCAAUGUGUAUUUAAGGCGAAACUCCCGCCAUGUAAAUCUGGGGAUAAGGGCAAGGACAACAAAAGGGCCUAUUUUACAUGUACACGGGAAAUAAAUCAUAUAUAAAUGAAGGAUUAAGUUUGUAUAA